GAGAAAACCAUCCCACUUGACCCCAUUCCAAAGCCCACCUGACCGAGGAACGGCACAAGAGAGAAGAGCUUCCCCCAAAACCUAUCUGUCGCUGCGGCUCUUCUUACCCAUUCUUUUCACCCUUCACGUUUGUUAUUGUGAGCUUCACCAAAGUCGCAUAUCGAAAACACACACACAAUGGCUUCUGUUGCGGUUACGGCCUUUGCCGCCUUAUCGUCCACUCCAAAAGUCGAAGAGGCCCUGUCGGGAAUCUUUGGCAGCAUCAGCUUGACCGCGUGGAUAUGUCUCCUUCUUCCUCAGCUCCUCACAAAUUACAAGUCGCAAAGCGCUGAUGGCUUGUCCAUGGGCUUCUUGAUCAUCUGGUUGAUUGGCGACGUGACGAAUCUCAUGGGCGCUCUCUUCACCCACCUCGCUCCCACAGCCGUCGCCCUCGCAAGCUACUUCUGCUUCGCCGACCUCGUCCUAAUCUCCCAAUGCGUCUACUACAACACCAAGAACGCCCGCCACGCAUCCUCCCGCCGCCGCUCCUCCGCGCCCGUGACCGCCACCGGCGCGAACCCGACCGAAGCACGCGAAGAUGAACCCCUCCUCGCUCCCCGCCGUCGUAGCUCUUCUGCAGCCGCCGGCCUCCCCGGCUCGCAGCGCCGUCACGCUCACCACGAGGAGAGCUCGCUCGACCCCCUGCGCAAGAUGGUCACCGGCGAGGACGACACGCCCGACAGCAACCCCUGGCUCCACAACACGCUGAGCAUCCUCGCGGUAUAUCUCGUCGGCGCGGCGGGCUGGUUCCUCUCCUACAAGGCCGGCGCGUGGGACGCCCCCGACAGCGACACCGGUGCGGGUUCCGGCGCGGGCUCCCCCGCGGCGGCGGACGGCACCUGGGAGAAGAUUGGUCUGGCGCUGGGCUACUUCAGCGCCGUGUGCUACCUCUGCGCGCGCAUCCCGCAGAUCAUCAAGAAUUACAGGGAAAAGUCGUGCGAGGGGCUCGCGCUGCUGUUUUUCCUGCUGUCGCUUACGGGGAACCUGACGUACGGCGCGAGUCUUGUUGCGUUUAAGCAGGACCGGGCGUAUUUGCUCAACGCGCUGCCGUGGUUGCUUGGGUCGCUGGGCACGAUGGUGGAGGAUUUUGUGAUUUUUGGGCAGUUUCACAUGUAUGCGACCAAGAGGGAGGGCAAGAGGGAUGAUGAGGCGUAGGUGAGUGGUUUGGGUUGCUUGGUGUGUUGACUGCAUGAUGACGGGGAGUGCUUUUCUCUCCGUUGUAGCGGGGAUGCGCGUUGGGGAUUUGCAUGUUGACGGGUGUGGACUAGACGCAUUUGAGAGAUGAAGGUCUGGGGGUGACGCUGCAUUGAGAGGAAGUGUGGACUGUAUCAUUACGGGUUUUCCGUUUUCCUUUUGGGGAGCAUCUUGUGUUCGACAUGGCGUUAACAGAGGUUUGCGGGUUACAUUUCGGGAUUUGCAUGGUCACGGGGGUCUCUGUUUCCAACCCAUUUGUUUACCCAUCAUGAUGGCACAUAUAAUGAUAGCUUUUUGCCUUUUCUUUUACAACCAGUAUUAAGUUCUACAACGUCUUGCGAUAGCUUCUAUGGUGAAUCUGUGAUUGCGAAUGACGCCUAAGGAAAGGUUAUCUAGAUGGGGUUCUUCUGGGCCGAUGAU